GCCACUGGCUCUCACGUGCCAGUAGCCCACCCCGCAUCAUCCUCUCGCCUCGCUCCUGGAGGGAAGUGACUAUAUCUCCCCCGUCCGCCUUCCAUCGCCGCCGCGGCGGCAAUUCUGUCGGGCCCGCCCGCUGACGUCACUUGCUAGCCCCGCCUCCUCUAGGGUCCCGGGCCCCUGCGGCGGGGGCUGCCCCGGGGGGCAGUCAGCUGAGGCGGCUGGAGCUCGGCGGAGGGCGGGCCAGGUGACUGGUCCGGGCCAUGCCGAGGAAGAAGCCCUUCAGCGUGAAGCAGAAGAAGAAGCAGUUGCAGGACAAACGGGAGCGGAAGAGAGGGCUUCAAGAUGGGCUGCGCUCCAGUUCCAACAGCCGCAGCGGGAGCCGGGAGCGGCGAGAGGAACAGACCGACACCUCGGACGGGGAGUCUGUGACCCAUCAUAUCCGCAGGCUUAACCAGCAGCCUUCUCAGGGGCUGGGUCCACGAGGCUACGACCCAAAUCGAUACCGACUGCAUUUUGAGAGAGACAGCAGGGAGGAGGUAGAGAGGAGAAAGAGAGCAGCCCGGGAGCAAGUUCUACAGCCGGUCAGUGCUGAGGUGUUGGAGCUGGACAUCCGGGAGGUCUAUCAGCCUGGCUCAGUUCUGGACUUUCCUCGACGUCCUCCUUGGAGCUAUGAGAUGUCCAAGGAGCAACUAAUGAGCCAAGAGGAACGGAGCUUCCAAGAGUAUCUUGGGAAGAUUCAUGGGGCUUACUCCUCUGAGAAACUCAGCUACUUUGAGCACAAUCUGGAGACAUGGAGGCAGCUGUGGCGGGUGUUAGAGAUGUCUGACAUCGUCCUGCUUAUCACUGAUAUCCGACAUCCAGUUGUGAAUUUCCCGCCAGCACUUUAUGAGUAUGUGACUGGAGAACUUGGGCUGGCCCUGGUGCUGGUUUUGAACAAGGUGGAUCUGGCCCCGCCAGCUCUUGUGGUUGCCUGGAAGCAUUAUUUCCAUCAACACUAUCCCCAGCUCCACGUCGUUCUUUUCACCUCUUUUCCUCGGGAUCCCCGCACCCCACAGGACCCUAGCAGUGUCUUGAAGAAGAGUCGGAGGCGGGGGAGAGGAUGGACUCGGGCCCUGGGGCCAGAGCAGUUGCUGAGAGCCUGCGAAGCCAUCACUGUGGGGAAAGUGGACUUGAGCAGCUGGCGGGAGAAGAUUGCUCGGGAUGUGGCUGGGGCCACCUGGGGUAAUGGCUCUGGGGAGGAGGAGGAAGAGGAGGAUGGCCCAGCAGUCCUGGUGGAGCAGCAGACUGAUUCAGCAAUGGAGCCAACUGGCCCAACCCGAGAGCGCUACAAGGAUGGGGUGGUGACCAUCGGCUGUGUGGGUUUCCCUAAUGUGGGAAAGUCCUCACUGAUCAAUGGGCUGGUGGGGCGGAAAGUCGUGAGUGUCUCCAGAACCCCGGGCCAUACCCGAUACUUUCAGACCUACUUUCUUACCCCCUCUGUGAAGCUCUGUGACUGCCCAGGCCUCAUCUUCCCAUCUCUUCUGCCUAGGCAGUUGCAGGUUCUGGCAGGGAUCUACCCUAUUGCCCAGAUCCAGGAGCCCUACACUGCUGUGGGCUACCUGGCCUCCCGAAUUCCCGUGCAGGCCCUGCUCCACCUGCGCCACCCAGAGGCCGAGGACCCCUCAGCGGAACACCCCUGGUGUGCCUGGGACAUCUGUGAAGCCUGGGCAGAGAAACGUGGUUACAAGACAGCCAAGGCGGCUCGGAAUGAUGUGUACAGAGCAGCCAACAGUCUCUUGCGGCUGGCAGUGGACGGCCGCCUCAGCCUGUGUUUUCAUCCUCCAGGCUACAGUGAACAGAAAGGCACCUGGGAGUCCCAUCCAGAGACCACGGAGCUGGUGGUUUUGCAGGGCAGGGUGGGGCCAGCAGGUGACGAGGAGGAGGAGGAAGAGGAAGAGCUGAGCAGCUCCUGUGAGGAGGAGGGAGAGGAGGACCGGGAUGCGGAUGAGGAGGGAGAAGGGGAUGAGGACACCCCAACCUCGGCUCCAGGGUCCAGCCUGGCUGGCCGAAACCCUUAUGCCCUGCUGGGUGAGGAUGAGUGCUGAGUUCCUCGCCCAGCGCCAUCUUCCCUCCCAGUAUCUUUGCUUUUGGACUGACCUGGGGGUAUCUCCCCUCUGCCACCCCAAUUGUGAAUAAAGAUUGUUUGCUUUGUA